AUGUCUGACAGCACUACAUCAGUGUACACAGUCAACGAACUGCGACAAGAUCUGCCACGGUCGCAAGAUCAAGUGGAUGCAGAACCUUCCUCCCAGAACCUGCUCUGCUACAGCACAAACAGGCCAUUCCAUCUGAAGACCUACCUCGAGCUGGGCCAUGCUGGCGGGGGCUGGGACUUCGACGUCCACCCUCCACCGACAACAUUCCCCCGAUGGUCUUUGUGGGGACAUGUCAGAUACCACAACCACUACUGCCGUUACGACGUCCACAACCACUACUGCCAUCACUACCUACCCAACUACUACUGCCGUCACUACCUACCAACUACUACUGCCGUCACUACCUACCUACUACUACCGCCAUCACUACCUACCAACUACUACUGCCGUCACUACCUACCCAACUACUACUGCCAUCACUACCUACCCAACCACUACCGCCAUCACUACCUACCCAACUACUACCGCCGUCACUACCUACCCAACCACUACCGCCAUCACUAUCUACCCAACCACUACCGCCAUCACUACCUACCCAACCACUACCGCCAUCACUACCUACCGAACUACUACCGCCGUCACUACCUACCCAACCACUACCGCCAUCACUAUCUACACAACCACUACCGCCAUCACUACCUACCCAACCACUACCGCCAUCACUAUCUACAAAACUACUACCGCUAUCACUACCUACCCAACUACUACCGCCGUCACUACCUACCCAACUACUACCGCCAUCACAAUCUACACAACCACUACCGCCAUCACAAUCUACACAACUACUACCGACAUCACUACCUACCCAACUACUACCGCCAUCACUACCUACCCAACCACUACCGACAUCACUAUCUACACAACUACUACCGCCAUCACUACCUACCCAACUACUACCGCCAUCACUACCUACCCAACCACUACCUACAUCACUAUCUACACAACUACUACCGCUAUCACUACCUACCCAACAACUACCGCCAUCACUACCUACUCAACCACUACUGCCAUCACUAUCUACACAACUACUACCGCCAUCACUACCUACCCAACCACUACCGACAUCACUAUCUACACAACUACUACCGCCAUCACUACCUACCCAACUACUACCGACAUCACUACCUACCCAACCACUACCGACAUCACUACCUACCCAACUACUACCGCCAUCACUAUCUACACAACUACUACCGCCAUCACUACCUACCCAACUACUACCGCCAUCACUACCUACCCAACCACUACCGACAUCACUAUCUACACAACUACUACCGCCAUCACUACCUACCCAACCACUACCUACAUCACUAUCUACACAACUACUACCGCCAUCACUAUCUACACAACUACUACCGCCAUCACUACCUACCCAACCACUACCUUCAUCACUAUCUACACAACUACACUAAAAGAAUUGCACGACGUAGUAAGCACUGGUUUAAAUGCCUCAAUGCUACACGUGUCACGUUGGUGUCACUGCUACACGUGUCACGUCGGUGUCACGUCACUGCUACACGUGUCACAUCGGUGUCACUGCUAAACGUGUCACGUCGGUGUCACUGA